AAAUAAUCCCAAAAGCUUUGAGUAAUUUCUGCGUUUCCUCUUUGCCUUCUCCAAGAGGAAGAAGAAAACUUUGGCAGAGAGCGAAGCAUCACACUUUCUUGGCCUCCUCUUCACGACUUUCGAAGAAGAAGUCUCCUUCUCCAACGAAUCUCAGAUCAGCCGAAGAAAUUCUUUCUAACUUCAUCAUCAACGAUAGAUUCUGUAGUUUGAUUUUCAGAGUAGUAGUAGUGUAAAGUCGGCGCAAGGAAUCGGAAAUGGCGGUGGGAGAGAAAGAGCACGAAGGAACGGUGGCUGAGAGCGGCGGCGAGAAGAAUGAUUCCGCCGUUGUACUCUCUGCUUCCGGCGAGAAGAAGACGACGAAGCGUAAAGGUUUGUUCUCGCGUAUUUGGAAUGCGAUAUUUAGGGUUAGAGGUGACGAUUUCGAGAAGAGACUUAAGAAUAUCUCAAAGGAAGAAGCGACUGUUCGUAAUAGAAUGAAGCGUAGAUCGAUUACAAGGAGGAACUUCAUUAGAAAUCUCAUCGCUUUCUCUGUCUUCUUUGAGGUAAUUGCAGUGAGUUAUGCAAUCAUGACAACCAGAGAUGAGGAUUUGGAUUGGAAACUGAGGAGUUUCAGGAUCUUGCCAAUGUUUCUUUUACCUGCUGUUGCCUUUCUUCUCUAUUCUUCACUCGUUGGUUUCUGGAGGAUGUGUGACCGCAGAGAUCAGCAUACCUUGGAAAAGCUUCAAGCAGAAAUGUUGGGAAAGAUCAAUGAGUUAAAGGAAAGGACCAAUUAUUACAUUACACAACAACUUAUUCAGAGGUAUGACCCUGACCCAGCUGCAAAGGCGGCUGCUGCAACUGUUCUGGCAUCCAAGUUGGGUGCUGAGUCAGGCUUGAAAGUAUUUGUAGGAGAUGAAUCCCAACUUGACCCCACCCCAGGCAAGAGCAAUGACAUGGAAGCCAAACACUCACGAGGGCUCAGGAACCGAAGACAACCAAAUACAAAACACAACAGUGCUGGGACCACUCCAACCCAUCAUUCUGAUAAUGAGUCUAACCAUUCAGGGACAAGCGAAAGAAUCACCGGCACAGAGCAAAACCAACAGUUGGUGUUUGAGCAUUUUAAUCCUCAUGGAUAUGCUGCUCAUGAUGGUACCUGGAUCUCACGCAUCGCAGCUCUCCUUGUAGGCGAAGAUCCAACUCAGUCAUAUGCACUCAUCUGUGGAAACUGCCGUAUGCAUAACGGACUCGCCCGGAAAGAGGAUUUCCUGUACACUACUUACUACUGUCCUCAUUGUCGAGCUCUGAACAAGCCGAAACAUUCAGAAGAGCAUUUACUUAUUACUCCUGCAGAUACACUCCCUAAAGUUUCUCUGAAGCCAAUGAAAAGGGAAGUGAUCAAUAGCAGUAGCUCGACGAGUGAAUGCGGUAACAGUCCAAUCCCUUUGUUAAAAACUCCAGAAAUCGUGGAAGAAGUCCCAGAAACAGCUGAGAGCGAGACACCAAACUGACCUGAGAAAAGAAGGCUUUCAAGUGUUUGUGCUAAAAGAGAGACAAAGGGAGAGAUAGAAUAUGUGAUAUGGUUGUGUUAAAAUGAGGUUGAUAUGCUAAAAUUUGUAGCUGCUUGCAAUUUUGAUUGUGGAAUGUUCUUACCGAUGAAAGUUCGCUCGCAGUCGACAAUCAUUUCGCGGUGGAAAAUCAUAUAGCAUCAAAUUUCUUCUCAGUGGAAAUCUGUAGCUGCGUGUAAUAUAUUUCACUGAACUAUCUAUUCCAAAGUCUUCGAUAAUCAUCUCAACAAAUUCUUA